AUGCUUCAUCCUCCCGGAGGGUUUCAGCUAGAUUCAGUGGCGGAGCUACACGUGGUCCCUAUUGGUCACGUUGAGCUUAAAGAAGGAUUUUGUUAUCCUGAUGUAUUAUAUGUUCGUAAGAGCCUCUUUGAGCAUUGGAAGGACAAGGAUAAAUCUGUACAAGUCUUUGGUUACCUUCCUAAUGGUGAAAAUUAUAGUGUUUUUAUGGCACAAAGUCUUGGCCCUAUUAUCUCCCAGAUUCCUGAACAAGCUGAGAGAUUACCUGAAUUGCUCAAGUUUCCUGUUGAGGAACGCACCUUCGCAGCUCCUACCGAGCUGACAAGCUCGUAUUCCCAGUCACAAAAGAGGUUAAAGGGACAGGACCCUGAGGUCAUCCUGAACCAUGCUGUCCAGCUAUCCCUGCAGCUUUCCCAGAGUUGCAUAGCUGCCAGGGACAGCUUGCGGACUGUUGCUACCCUUCAGGAUAAGGUGGCUCGUCUGCAAAAGGACAAUUUGAGCCACCAAGCUAAGCUGGAGAGGGAGAAACAGUCCCGGCUGGAUGCUGAGAGCAAGUUAGCUGCUGAGCAAAAAUUAAUGGAGAAAGAGAGGCUGGAAAAAGAUGAGAAGAUAGCUGAGGCCGAGAGAGAAAAUGCACGCCUGGCUGCAGCUGUAAGAGAAGCUGAGGAGAGGGCUUUAGAUAUCCAGGCUGAAGCAAAGAUUAUCGAAACUGCGAAGCUAGCUUUCCUGAUUAAGUUCAAGAAGCUGAUGACAAGGGUGUCAAUUUCUACAUUGACAGAUUCCUCAAGCUGGAUUCUAUGA